ACAAAGUUCAAGAUGUGCCCUCGAGCACCCCCUUCCUGGGGGGGUUCAAGGGGUGAGUCAGGGGUUUGGGGAAGAAUACAGUCAGGGUUGGAGUGUUGUAGGGUUUCGCGCAUGCGCCAGACCUGUAGACAAUCUCUACAAAACCCGAAACCGAAACUCAGAAAUUCCAGAAUAAGCGCUGUUCAGCUGCUCCUUGCAUCUCAGCAUUGUCUUCUGUGUCAGCUAGCUAGCCGCAAAUUACAAACAGCUGAUAAGAUGGCUCGUGCUAUUGCAGUUAUAUUGUGCGCCCUUCUGAUGGCAGUCCUUUGCACGGCGCAGGUCAACUUCUCUCCCAACUGGGGAAAGAGAGCCGCCUCUUCAGAAGGCUGCAAGGCAUCCAUGGACUCCAUCAUGUACCUUUAUAAGUUGAUACAGAGUGAAGCACAGAAAAUAGUUGACUGCGAGAAAUUCAGCAACUGAAAAAAUGUAAAUUGUACAAACGGACGACCUGAUUUAUCUUCUGAAUUUUCAAGAAAAAAUAUGUUUAUUUGUUGGGAAAAAUGAAUCAUACCUAAUUUUGUGCACGCUAAACUAGCACAAAGCUGUUAACAACUGCACUUUAUGCGAAUAUGUUAUUCAUAUCUUUUCCUGUAGGGUUUUGAGCUUUUGUUGCAAAUUAAAUCAUGUAAAUAAUAUUGAUAA